AUGUCUUUUGAUCCCCAAAAAUACACCACUACCAAUGAAGCUUUCACGGCGUCCGAGAUACAAUUCGAUAUUUUGCAAAUAACCAAUAUUUCUACCUCCAAACUUCGUCAACUAGACGAGUGGAAAGAGUACCAGGAUCCCAACAGAGUUGCUGUGGAUCGGAUGGGCAAUUCCAAGAUCAUUCGAAGUAUAGAUAACGAAGAUUCGGACUCAAUUGGCUCGGGAAGUGCCAUCUACAAACUUCUUCUUCGAGAUACUGCUGGAAAUUUGUGCUUUGCCUACGAAUAUAACGAUAAACUAUCAUUUUUGCAUCAUAAAAAAGACACAAAAACUCCACUAGGAAUCUCAUUGGGGGGGAGACUCGUGGUGAACCGAGGAACCUUGAUCAUGAACGGGGUAUUGAUGCUCAAAAAUGCACAAUGCAAAUACCUCGGUAUUGUAGAUGACGAAUUAGCACAGACCCUCAAUAGCGGCAUCGGCAAGAAGCAGAUUGAAAUAUUGGAGACAGAACUAAAAGACACUUAG